GAAAAAAGAAGAAGAACAGGAAGAGGCUAAUCAUCAUCAUGGCGGAAAGUCAAGCCAAGUUCGCCAUAUAUCCCAGCCUUGUCGACCGCACAGUCGUCAUCACAGGCGGCGCGCAAGGAAUUGGGGCUCAAAUGGUCGAAUUAUUCUGCCUGCAGGGUUCCCAAGUCAUCUUUUUGGACGUGGUGGAUGACCGUGCUGCGGCCGUGGUCCAAAGGAUGCUCGAGUUGAAAGUCAAGCACAAGCCCGUCUACCACCACUGCGAUGUCAUCAAGAUUGACGAAGAGCUCAAGCCCACGGCAGCCAAGAUCCUGGCAGAGUUCCCCAAGAUUGACGGACUGGUCAACAGUGCCGCGAGGGCCAUGAUGAAGCCGACAAUGGACAUUACGACGCAGUGGUGGGACGAGAGCGUCGCGGUGAAUCUGCGGCACCAGUUCUUCUUGACGCAGGCCCUGAUGCCGGGACUGCUUCUUGCUGCGGGCCAUGCCUCCAUCAUCAACUUUGGGAGCAUCAAUUGGGCCGUGCCGGGACUGGGCCAGGUGCCUUAUACGACGAGCAAGGCCGCGGUGGUGGGACUGACGCGGACGCUGGCGCAUGAGUUUGGUCCGCAGGGCAUCAGGAUAAACAGCAUCAUGCCGGGGUCGAUUGCCACAGAGAGGGAGAUUAAGGAGGUUUUGACGCCCGAGUAUAAGGAGAACCUCUUCAAGAGCCAGGCUAUUGAGAGAUUGAUCCAGCCGGUGGAAGUGGCGAGAUUGGCGCUGUGGUUGAUUGCAGAUGACAGUGCGGCGGUGGUGAGCCAGAGUAUCAGAAUCGAUGCUGGGUGGACAUAGGAAAUUUGGUUAUAGAGUACAUGAACAUGUUGGAUGGCUAAUGACUACAAGCAGGACGACAUGUAUAGAAGACGUUUAUGAGAGUUAUGAUGCAGAGGAAUAAGAUGUCAUUCAGUUGGCGGGAAUGUUAUACGUCCGAUGUAUUCGCUUCCAUAACUCAUUAUGAUGUACCGAUUCGUCAAUAUAGAAGAAAAAAAAGAAAGGAGAAGAGAGAAAAAGAAACUGGCUACGCCUUUCCACUG